AUGACUUACGAUCUUUGGAAGUUAAUCAAGAUCAAAGAGAACAUACUUAAAAAUCAUAAGCGACGACCCUCAGAUGAACGAACAAAAGAUAUGCUAAAACAUAUUUCUAAAAAGCUGCAGGAGGUGAAGGAUCAGACAAAGGAGGACUAUUAUAACAAAUUAUUUUCAAAUACGAACCAGAAGAAUAUGUGGAAGAACAUUAACAGUGUCAUCGGACGGAGUCAAGUUGGAGAUAGUACCAUUAAGCUGAUUCUGGACGGGCAGGAGACUAGCCAUGGACCAACGAUUGCUGACACAUUCAACAAUUACUUCAGUUCUAUUGGACCCCAGCUCGCCUCUUCCAUAAAUAGUAGUCGUAGAAUCGGCAGAUUCGUGCUGGAAACAAAACAUGACGUGAAAAUUCAUCUACAGAACUUAGGACGACAACCUAUCCUGAUAUUUCACCAAGGAGAAGGAUGACUCAGACUGGACUACAAAUAUUAUAUACACCAUUUUAAUCUCACCAUCAUUAGAACACAAAUCAAAGGCCUCAGAGAUCAAUUUGAUAACUUUAGCAAAAACCAGUUCACGGAUUUAAUAGUUGAAAAAUUUUACGAAAUAGAUUUCGCUUUAAAAAGCAUAGACCCAAUUAGAAGACAUAAGCGCUGGGAUAGUUUAGGUACGAUUUGGAAAUUCUUAGCUGGUAGCCCAGACGCCAACGAUUUGAAAAUUAUAAAUUCAUCCAUAAAUAAUCUCAUCAUUAAUAAUAAUGAACAAGUAAAAAUAAAUCGCGAAGUUAAUUUACAACUAAAAGAGGCUAUAUUUCAAACAAAAAAAGCAAUACAGUUAUUUAACGUUAGAUCAAUAGAAAUGUACUGUACUAAACUCUUAUUUCACUUGAAUUUCUUGUCUGAAAAACUAAAUCAAAUUAUUAAUACUAUAAUGCUAGCUAAAUUAGGAUUAGUUAAUGAACAAAUUUUAAGCCAAAGAGAAAUUGACAUUUUAAUUACAGACUUAGCUAGGGAAAAUAUUACAGUUCACACUGCUGUGGAGGCAACAAAUUAUGCGACGACGUCGGUAGCAUCGAAUAACUUAGAGAUUGCCCUUAUCAUCAAGAUGCCAAAGCUAGACCCAAGGAUUUUCAACAAGAUACGUCUAUACCCCAUCAUACACAACAAUAAGAAAGUACAUACACUCCAUCAGCUUUAUCUAACCCACGAUGAUGAAAUUUACCGAAUAGGUUCAAUCGAACCAACCAUAUUCGCUACACACGAAAUUCAGCUGGAUAAUACAACUUGUAUACCGAAAUUGUUAAAAGGAGAACCUGCGACUUGCAAUUACACAUCAAACCCAAUCGAAGAAGAAGUCCUUUACCUUGACGAGCGACAUAUACUUAUAAACACGAUGAAAAAUUUCACUUUAUCAUCUAACUGCGGAAUAACUCAAAGGAAUCCUUCAGGAUCAUUUGUUAUAUUCUUCAGCAACUGUCAACUAUACGUCAACAACGUUUUAUACACAUCGAGAGUACAAACCUUACCAGGUAAUCCAUUUCAACUUCAUUUGGAUGGAGUCGAAAUCAAAAUGCAACAAGAAAUCUUGAACAUUAGUGUGGAACAUCUUCACAAGCUUCAGUUAGAAACUCUAAAGGAAUUGGAAUUGCUUCGUCUAAACAACACCAGUCUGCAUUUUCCACAUUGGAGUACCUUCGGAGGAAUGGCCAUUUCGCCAUUCAUAAUCGGUUCCCUACCUUUUUUAUGUUUUCUCAUCUACAGAAACAGAACGAUACAAGUCAAUCUUAACAACUCUCAUCCCAACAACUCAUCUCAAGACCAGAAUACAUCAAUGAAACCGGAAGCAGUAGAACUACCAUUGGACAACAUCCGACCCACGUUCAGGACUUUGUCAAUCAGAGACGUGAUUCAGAUGGAACCGAAUCACUAA